GUUACGAGCCAGCCUUCCAACGAUGCCUGACUUGCAUAUGGCCCAAAGGCAGGCUCGAUUCAUCAUAUUCCCCAUCACAUCCGGCCAUCCAAAGUACGGAUUAUACUAGAUAUUUAUCAACUCAGAGUUCUGUAAGAUACGAAACCAUGCUAGAACGGGAAAUAUCUACCCUGAGAGAUCUGCUCAACACCUAUUCAUGGCUUCAACAACUAGCCGGUAUCCUUCCACUCUCCGCUCUUAUUGACUUUCUCGAUGUUCCUCAUGCACUGCAUGUCUUUGAGCUGACCGGCUGUAUUCCAUUGUGGUGCUGGCCGGUCACUCCAUCAGGAAGUCGCUUACUUCUGUCACCGCACACUACCGAGGAGCCAUGCUGUCUUGACAAAUUCGGCAAUAGUCAAAGCCUUAUCUGUUUGGACGGGCGUUAUGGAGAUAUGUACAAUGCCGCCAGUCCCGAGACCCUUCGCUUGUGCUUGGACAGUGCACCGAGAACGCUGGUUGUCAAUGACCAUCAGAAUAUGUUAGAUAACCACCCUCGUCCCCAGAACUUGACAGUUGUUCAUGUAUCCGGCUUGGAUAGUGCGGGUGGUUCUCGCUCUUCCUGGACCUUACUCGGUGCUUCGACUAUCGGUUGGAUUCUUCUUCUGGGAUUAAUCGUCACAACGAUUGCCUUGAAGUGCUAUAUUUCUGCAGCAUUCCUCUUGGUCAUACCUGCUACGGGUACUAUCGUCUAUAUCACACGAGGGGGUGACCCGCCUACGCUUCGAGUUACCCGUGGAAGCAAUUACAACCGUCUUGUAAUAGCUGCUUUGCACAUGAAUGAAACGGACUGGCUCGCAUUCUACGGCGAAGCCACAAUCGUCAAUGCCCUCCUCAAUUUACCCUUAAGAAUGAAAAGAUUUUCCAGAGCCAAUCACUGGGUCUUCGGCGUCUCUCUAAGGUUACUCGUCCUUGGCCAAUGGGCACUAGCAAUCGGCGCAGCCUCCACUCAGAGCUGGGACGCUUACAUCAUUACAUUUUGGAUCGUGCUCUGCAUCUUCUCUAACAUAUUCGUUUUCUCUACCCACCGGUGCUGUGGCGACUGGCUGAGAAAGUCUGCCGGUUUCCGAUUAAUACGUAUCGAAACCAAACUUAGCUCGCGAAGGGCGCUUCUAAACACACUCGUCGCACUAAACCCAGACACUAUUCCAUACGAUUCGGUCACUAUGCAGGAUAAGCAAGAUGGCCCCUUCCCGAGCUCACUCCUUUGGAUGGAUCCUAUCCUCAAGAAUUGCGCUGAACGGGCCAUAUGGGAAGAAGCUACUUGGAUGGCUAUGACUACAAAGCCUGAUAGCAAGGAACAUGCGAACAAAGACGAGAACUCGAACAAGGAUGAGACGGAGAAGCCUGACUGGUCGAAGAAUUAUAUGCAGUACUAUUGGUGCAAGUUCAUUCCUGAAGGAAUACUAAUGGCAGAUAAAAUCAGAAAGGCAGGAAAUCUAUCUGGACGAUUUGUUAAGUAGCUGGGUAUGUAGAGAUACGACAUGGAAUAAAUGAUAACAGCACUAUCGUCCCGCCCAUUGUUGUUAUGACCUACCAGCUACCUACAAGGACAUGUAUUGUACUGCUAGAUGUUUCGCAUUCUUCCAAAGAGAUAUUAGUAACCUUAGCCAUAGGUACCUAUGCUUGUUCAAUUUUAAGUGUU